UGAAAUCGUAUGCACGGACUGUUUGAUCCAGUAGCAAGGGUGUAUUGUUGUCGUGGACUGUGUGACAAGUUUAUGUCCUACAGAAAUGGCCGGAAUUAAAGCUCUGAUCAGCCUGUCCUUUGGUGGGGCCAUUGGACUCAUGUUCCUGAUGCUAGGAUGUGCCCUUCCAGUGUAUGAUAAAUACUGGCCCUUGUUCCUCCUCUUCUUCUACAUCCUCGCCCCAAUCCCUUACGGCAUUUCCCGGAGAAUUGUUGACGACACAGACUCGACAAGCAACGCCUGCAAAGAGCUGGCUUUAUUUCUCACAACAGGCAUAGUGGUUUCAGCUUUCGGCCUGCCAAUCAUUUUCGCCAGAGCCGAUGUUAUUGCCUGGGGAGCAUGUGCGCUUGUGUUAACAGGCAAUGUAGUGAUCUUCGCAACCAUUCUGGGAUUCUUCUUGGUCUUCGGAUCAAACGACGACUUUAGUUGGCAGCAGUGGUAAAAUUGGGAGCGUGAGGUUGGGGACUAAGUCUGAACUGUUUAUAUUACUAGAAUUGUUAUUAUUAUUGUCAUUAUGAUUACUAUUAUUGUUGUUUGUUGUAUAUUUAUGACCUCCCAUCCAUAGACACAUUAAACCAGUGCAAUAAUUUGAUUUAACUGUCAUGUGGCACGUCAGACUGACUUCAGGUGGAUGUGCUGACUUUCCUUUGUACUUUAUAUUUGCUCCAUGUUUGAGUCUUCUCCAUUUAUGUACUGUACAGGUUUAUCUUUUGAGAGUCAAAAUCUUUAUAAUGUUGAAAUCAUAAAUGUCCAUCUUAUCUGUGAAAAUGCAAAAAUGUCAAACUUAAUGUAAACCUGGAGUCAGAUUGACCUAUGGGAGGGAUUGUGAUUGUCUGAAAGGUGGAAGCUUUUCCUGUGACAAAGAUAUCUAUCUAACUGACAAAUGUUGUUACUCCUUUGGGAUUGAUGGUGUACAAUAGCGUGCUGGUCAGUCUUGAGGAAAGUUUCUCCCUCCAAGUGCUGACAGCACAGGAUAUUUUGUAUGGAGUAUGUGUUGUUUUUGAAGAGCAUAUUGAAAGCUGUGGGCUUUAGUCUCUCAGAUCGAAACCGUUCAAUACUAACGUACAUACAGCGUAUAUUGAUAUAAUACAUUAUACAAUGCACUGUCGCCUAUUGCAGUGAUCAAUUCUAAUGACUCGGCUAUUCAAAUACGUUAAUUUGAUACUGGCCUCUUGUGCUUUGUUGUUAAGCCUUGUCUAGCAUAUUCUGUCCCUUUUGAAAAAUGUCUAGAAAUCAUUGUAA